GGGCUGGGGGUGGAAACCGGCCCUCUGCUGAAAACCCUGUUUCCAGGCGACUGGUUGCAUUCGAGGGGGGAAAGAGGGUUCUUUUCGGAAAAGCGAGUCUUCUUUUCAAAGUGUGGGUUUCCCCACCCCCCACCCCCUCAUCUGGAAAGAAUGACAGGAUUCCAUCAAAGUAAAAACUUCCUGCACUUUGCUUGCUGAUUCUCCUCUUCCUUUUUUGCGAGACUGGGGCGGGGGGGUUUGCUUCGAGAUGCCGGAAGGUUCAUCGACAGCCUCUGUUUUUCGUCCUUCCCGAAAUAUCUUUGAUCCCAAGUACCAUUUGGACUGAAGGGGUCAGCCCCCUUGGAAAUGGAUCCCCUGCUUGGAGUCUAGGAAGAGUUUUGAGAGGGGAAGGGGAGACCCCAGCAUCUCCAACCGAGAGAGAAGAAAGUUGGCAGAAGAAGAAGGAGAAAAAGAACUCAACCAGUAUCCAUCUCUUGCUAGAUUUCUUUAGACAAAGAAGGCCAAAAGAAGAGCUUUCUUCUAGGAUGCCCGCUUGCAAAAUCGCAUCCUGAAGCCGUCUGAUUUGCAACACGGGGGUUUGCAUCCCAUUCCAUGAUUUGCAGAAAGGUCUGAAGAACUUCUGCCCGUCUGCAAGCGAUGGGGACUCUCCACGGUGGAAUGAAUUGAGGGUGUUUUGUGUGUGUGUGAGAGAGAGAGAGAGAGAGAAGAAAAGGGACAGAGGAAACUGCCAACUGUUAAAGUGUGUCUCCCCCCCCCCCGCCCCACCAAAAAUGAACUGGUUGCCUUCUUGAAAGCAGAAGAGUUUUGCUGAAAAGUCGAGGGGCAGAGAGAGAGGAAGCCAGCCAGGGAGCCAGGACAGGCGCCAGGCGUCUGUAUCCAGCAUGACGAUGCCGCUUUUGGAGAUAGCAGCGCUGCUUGUCACCCUGGUCGGUGUCUGCGUGUGGACAGACGACGGCAGCAAAGUCAUCUCGGAUCGCUAUGCAGUGUACUGGAACAAGACCAACCCCAGGUUCCAUCAGGGGGACUACACAGUGGAAGUCAGCAUCAACGACUACCUGGACAUCUAUUGCCCGCACUAUGAGAUUCCGUUCCCCAUGGACCGGAUGGAACGGUACAUCCUCUACAUGGUCAACUAUGAGGGCCAUGCCACCUGUGACCACCGGCAAAAUGGCUUCAAACGCUGGGAAUGUAACAGGCCCGAUUCAGCCAACGGCCCUCUGAAAUUCUCUGAAAAGUUCCAGCUCUUCACCCCUUUCUCGCUGGGGUUUGAAUUCAGGCCAGGGCACGAAUAUUACUAUAUAUCAGCCACUCCGCCCAACCUGGUUGACAAGCCCUGCUUAAAGCUGAAGGUUUACGUUCGACCUACAAAUGACUCCCUUUACGAAUCUCCAGAGCCCAUAUUCACCAGCAAUAAUUCCUGUUGCAGCUUCCAAGUCCCCGAGGCCUUCUUCGUGGUGGUGCCCGUGUUUUGGACUAUUCUAGCCUCCUAGCCUCAGCGUGAGGAUGAAAGAGGAACCAGACUUUGUUUCAGCGACCCAUGGGGGGAAAAAAGAGGGAGGGAGGAAGCGAAAGGCGUGGGAAGGAGAUUUUUCUCGCUGGAUCAGAAAAAGGACUGUCCAGCUUUUGGGGUGGGGGUGGGGGUUGUAGUUAACGAUGAUCUUUGAACCGCUGUCUCAGCCCAAAACAGGCUUGGAAGUGAAAGGCGCACAGACAGAUGGAGAAGAUGGAUCUCCUAUCCCAGCUCCUGCCUUGCACGGAGACAGAAGUCGCACAAUCACAGGCGUUGAGAAGACCCCCAGUAGAUUGGGGUGGGUGGGGGGAGAAAGACAUUUUAAAACACCCACUCCGGAAGCCGUGCUGGUUCUCUGCUUCCAAGACACUUCCCGGACCGUUUUCACUUGUCCGACGUUUGACGGUGUUUGGAUUAAUUUUUCCUACCCUGAUGGAGGUUUGGGGGUUUUUUUUGCUUUUUAAGAAUUUCUAGACCAAA